AAGUCAAGGUGCUUUUUUUCUUUGUUCCAAUUCUUUAGGUGAUGUUGGCUUUGUGGAGAAACAUACAUACAUCGUCGUUCAUUGAAGCUUGGUAGAAGCUUCAUCUUCACCUUCACCUUCAUCUUCUACAUAAGAAACUGGAGAGGACGAAGAUGGAAAUGAUGGAGGGAAAAAGGAUUAUGGGUAGAGGAUUAAUAGAUGAAGUGUUUUCUUGGUCCAUUCAUGAUGUGCUCAACGAUAAUCUUUACAAAUUCCAGGUGAGGAAGAUUCCAGACACAUUCAUGUCAACAACACAUUAUCUGAAAACAUUCAUUACCCCACUUCUUGAAGAAACACGUGCCGAGUUGUCUUCAGGCAUACAAGGACUGUCUCGAGCACCUGCAAGUGAAAUAUCCUCUAUUAAGAUGUCUCGAGCACCUGCAAGUGAAAUAUCCUCUAUUAAGAUAUGUAAGGGGUAUACACUUCCAAAAGACUUGUUUUAUGAAAUUUCACUAAAAAGAGAAGGGACUAAGAACAACGGAGUAGUAUAUGAGCCUGUGGUUGGAGAUCUUAUUGCCUUGGCUGAUGUGAGACCAAAAUGUACUGAUGAUUUGAGCAGGUCCAAACAAUCUUAUCUUAUUGCUUAUGUUCAUGGAGUCAAAGGUGACUUUUCUGAUGGACUCUCAGUAAUAUUGUCAAAGCCUUUAGUGCUUGAACAAGAUAUUCAAAAGGACAAGAAAGAAACAUUUUUUGCUGUUUUUUUGAUAAACUUGACGACAAAUGUUCGUAUAUGGAGAGCAUUAAACUCAGAAUUGGAAGGAGAGAACAUGAACAUUAUUCAAGAAGUGCUGCAAAAUAAUUCUAGUGAUGGUGAGAAGUGUAGCAUCUGCUCUUCUAGAGACAAAAAAGGUGCUUUCUUGUCAUGCAUAAAGGACAUAUACUGCUCUUCUGACUUAAAUGAUUCACAAAAAGCUGCAGUUCUGAGCUGUAUCAGUACAGGGGACUGCUCACAUCGGAAUUCUGUCAAACUAAUAUGGGGGCCUCCAGGAACAGGGAAAACAAAGACAGUUGGUUUUCUGAUACAUGCCCUAUUUACCAUGAAAUGCAGGACACUUACUUGUGCUCCAACUAACAUAGCAGUGUUGGAAGUCGCAAUGCGCGUGCUGAAUUCAGUUGUCAAGGUGCUGGAAUAUGAUACUUAUGGUAUUGGAGAUAUAGUUCUGUUUGGCAAUCAGGAAAGGAUGAAUAUUGACAAUCAGAGUGAACUUUACAAUGUAUAUCUUGAUAAUCGUGCAGACAUACUUUACAGUUGUUUAGCUCCUGAGUCUGGGUGGAAUCAUAGUCUGGCAUCAAUGAUAAAUUUGCUCGAAGACCCUGAAGAGCAGUACCAUCUUUACUUGCAAGAAAUCCCAACAGAGAAAGUCAAAGUGGAUAAAACUGAUAAAAAUUGUGAACAAAAGAAUAAAAAGAGUACGGUAAAACAGAAGGAAAGUUUGCAUAUUGGGAAAGAUAAGCAAAAAUUGAAAGAUGAGGAAGUGGAAAAUGGAGAUGGCUGCUCUAAGAACAAGAAAAUUGAAGAAAAGGUUGGAAAACAUUAUCAUUUGACAUUUGAGGAAUUUGUAGAGGAAAGAUUCAAAUCCAUUGGAGAACAGUUGAAAUUUUGCAUUACAAAUUUGUAUACACAUAUCCAUUGGAGAACAGUUGAAUCCUUGAACUUGCUGAAAAACAUGAUGAAUUCUCUUGAUUUGCUGAAGUCUCUUGAAAAUUUGUUGGUUAGAAUUAAUAUUCCUAAUCAAGGGUUGAAGCAACUUCUCAAGAUAAAUGAGAAUGUGGGAAGCAGAGUUCAUAACCAUUUGCAGCUGAGGAACAAAAUUAAUGAGUGUCUUACUACACUAAAAUCACUUCCUCAAACAUUCCCAGUUCCAAAUUUCUCCAAUAUUUAUGAAAUAAAAGAAUUUUGCUCGGGGAAUGCUUGUCUGCUUUUUUGUACUACAUCAAGCUCCAUUAAAUUGCGCAAAAAAAGAAUGGCGCCUAUACAAUUUUUGGUUAUUGAUGAAGCUGCACAGCUUAAAGAAUGUGAAUCAAAUAUUCCCUUACAACUCUCUGGUCUUUGCCAUGCUGUUCUUGUUGGAGACGAAAGACAAUUGCCAGCAAUGGUUAAUAGCAAGAUUUCUGAGAAAGCUGGAUUUGGAAGAAGUUUGUUUGAGAGGUUGGUAAAGAAUGGAUACAAAAGGUACCUCCUCAACAUCCAAUACAGAAUGCAUCCUUCCAUAAGCUUAUUUCCAAAUAGAGAAUUCUAUGGCAAGCAGAUUUUGGAUGCCCCGAAUGUCAAAGAAGAAUUCUAUGGCAAGCAGAUUUUGGAUGCCCCGAAUGUCAAAGAAAUAAGUCAUGAAAAACAUUUCCUUGAAGGAAAUAUGUAUGGUUCCUAUUCAUUUAUAAACGUAGCCCAUGGGAAAGAGGAAUUUAAUGAGUUCCAUAGUUUGAAAAAUAUGGUUGAGAUUGCUGUUAUUGCUGAAGUACUCGCAAACCUAUAUGAAGAAUUCAUUAGAACAAAGAAGAAGGUUAGCAUAGGUGUCGUAUCACCAUACAAGGCUCAGGUUCAUGCAAUUCAAGAGAAGAUUGGAAAAAAAUACAGUUCAAAUUCUGAUGGGGAAUUCUCUGUAAAUGUUCGCUCCAUUGAUGGUUUUCAAGGUGGUGAAGAGGAUGUUAUAAUGUUUUCCACUGUUAGAUGUAACGACAAAGGAUCAGUGGGUUUUCUUUCCAACUGGCAAAGAGCAAAUGUAGCACUAACACGCGCAAGAUAUUGCCUUUGGAUAUUUGGAAAUGAAGCAACUUUAAGUAAGAGCAGCUCUAUUUGGAGAAAGGUAGUCAGUGAUGCCAAGUUGCGAGGCUGCUUCUAUAAUGCUGAUGAUGACAAAAGAUUGGCAGAAGCUAUUAUAGCUGCCCCAAUUGCGCUUGACCAAAUUGAUGCUAAAAACUUACUGACAAGCACUUCUGGAGGUGAUGCUAUUAAACUUUCAGAAUCAUUUUCAUCACUCAGUAUAAGGGAUGAAUCAACUUCUCCUGGCACAAUUCAAAAAGAAGAAGUCAAGUUGAAGUACCAAGCUCAGAGUAAAGCCAAUACAUCUGGAUCAAACCCAUGGAAAUAAGGAUCCAAUAUAAAUCUGAGGUAAGAUUUUU